AUGCCGCGGCCGACCGAUUACGAGCUGCUGACGGUGGUCUCGGAUGGCCAGCACGCGCAUCGCAACUCUUCUCAGGCAGAUAUCUAUCGCAACACCCCUAGCGCUUAUGGCUUGAGUCGAAUAUGCGCAAGCAUCGGUCGUCGAGCGAUUCCGCUAGCCUGCGUGGUCAUCUUCAUCAUGCUAUGGAUCGUCUCGCAACAAGAAGGGGAUAGCUGGGCAGUCUAUCUUACGGAAACCGGCCAUGUAGACCCAGGGAUGGCUUCAGAGUUUCGAGAAGCACUGCGGCACUCUAGGUCGCACAAGCCCAUAGAAAACGUCAAGUUCGAUGUCUAUGAGCCUACAGAGCCGCACACAGCCACAGUCAUCUGGAUCCAUGAGCUCGGAGGGACUACUCAAUGGUACAAGCCACUCAUGACAAGCCUGUCGCACGAUCUGCCGUCCAUCAAGUGGAUCUUGCCGCAAGCUGCGCGACGGAGAGUGCCGACGAUGAGCUCAAAGUUGGCUCCCUCUUGGUAUGACAUUCGGGAGUUCCCAAAUGUGUACAGCAGAGAGGAUAGGAUAGGACUGAGAAGGAGCGCAAGGAGCAUAUGGACACUUGUUCACCAAGAAAACACAAACGGUACCGCGCUUGAUGACAUCUUUCUUGCUGGCUUCUCUCAGGGCGCUGUGCUGUCGCUCUUGAUGGGCUUGUCGAGCCCGCAUCCGCUCGCAGGCCUUGGCAUCUUUUCUGGCUACCUCGCCAUGCCUGAAUUUCUAUCACUCUACGACGCAGGACAUGACACGAUGCCCAUCUUCUGGGCGCAUGGCGAGAAAGAUCCCAAUCUAUUGUAUAGCACAGCCCUUGCAGAUAUUAGCAAGCUCAAAAACAGAGGUCACCAGUCUCUCGAGCUUCACUCAUACCCAAACCUCGGCCAUAAUUCGCGCUCGCUGCUAUCGCGAAAGUGUCAUCUGUUGGAUUUGACGGUGCUACAGUGCCGAGGGUCGCUCGACAGACCAGACCUGCCUGUACAUCGAACCGCCGCGUGGGCCAGCACCUCGACAAGUGACCGCAGCGGAUCUGCCAAGAUGGACGAUCAGACAGUGAUGGCCGAGAUGAAGAAGAUGGUGGCCUUCAUCAAGCAAGAAGCCCAAGAAAAGGCCCGAGAGAUCAAGACCAAGGGCGAUGAGGAGGCCAACAUGGAGAAGAGCAAGAUAGUGCGUCAGGAGAGCAACUCGAUCGAUUCGCACUAUGAGCGGAAACGCAAGCAAGUCGAGGUCAACAAGAAGAUUGCUACAUCGAACCAGACGAACAAGGCUCGGCUGAAGUUGCUCACGACGCGGGAGGAAUUGCUCGAGGAGGUCUUCGAGCAAGCCCGCUCGAAGCUCGUCGAGCUUUCGCAUGACAAGUCGCAGUAUGAGACCCUGCUCAAGGAUCUGAUUCUUCAGGGCCUCUUCUCAAUGAUGGAGAAGGAGAUCAAGGUUGCCGUACGCAAGGAGGAUCGCGAGCUGGCAGACAAGGUCGUCGGACAGGCGACAGGAACCUUCAAGGAGCAAGCUGGCUUCGAGGUCCAUGUUGAAAUCACUGAGGAUCUGCCGGACUCAUGCGCUGGCGGCGUCAAGCUGACAGGAUACAACAGCCGCAUAGUCGUUGACAACACACUCGACGCCCGUCUGGCGAUUGCUGAAGCAAAGAUGCUACCAGAGAUUGGCACGACUUUGUUCGGCAAGAACCCCAAUCGCAAGCAUUACCAAUAG